GAGGGGUAGAGAUCUACUUGUCUAUGGGGAAACCGAAUGGAGGCCAUCUAGUGCUACAUUAUACAAGAAACAAUUGAGUACGUAGCAGCGCGAAAAUAUUAAGAACUCCAACACUCCAGAUUGACCUUUAUACUGGGCGAGGUUCUACGGCUCAAACUUCAGAGUUAGAUUGACCUUCACUCCCUCUGCUGAAAACGUUAGUUCAUCCUUGUUUAUAUUGUGAAAGCAAGAGUUGGAACAGGGAGGCCCCGACUUGCAGUAGGGGGAGAAGCAAGCGGGCGGCUGCUUCGGUCUCCAAGUGGGAGUUAAACGGUUCGGCCUAGUCGUGCACCAAAGAAUAUGAAACAACAGCCGCCGCAAUGACCUCCAGAUUCUACAAAACCUACAGCCGAAAGGGAGGCAGCGGCGAUGGCUCCAAAUUCGACGAGGUUUUCUCCAACAAGAAGACCAUGAGCAAGACCAAGUGGGGGGAGACCACUUACCGUGCUACCAAGGCCUACUCGAAACGGCCUGGUGUUCUGUCUGGUGUUGGCGGUGGUGGCUGUGGUACUGCCCCGGAGCCCUCCAAGCGCUCGCGCCUGGCAGAAGACGCAGACAACAACUCUACCGACGACCCCUUUGGGUUCGACAGCGACGAAGAGUCCCAAAAGCCCAAACCUGUGUCAUCACGGAGCUCUCCGGGGCGGGCUACGGAGAGGCCUCCCUCUCAUGUCGGCCUCACGUUGGAGCCAAACAGUCGAGUGAGCGAGCCGGCCAGCGUUGAGGCGGUGGCUCCAAGUCGGUCCACGUUAGUACUGGGCGGCAGCAACCGGAGUUCAUACAACAACAACAGCAGCAGCAGCAGCAGCAGCAGCAGAAGCAGAGUGCCAGAAGUCGACCCCACCCGCCUCUUCAGUAACAGCAGCUCACUGGGUCAGAGGGCGAGUGCGACCCCUGCAUGGCUUAGCGACUCUCUGGACCGCCACAGGAACUGGUACAAGAACGCCUCCGAGAGUGACCACAGGCCGCACACCCAGACCACCACGCUGCGCACAGAGACUUCGCCGGCCCUAACGCCAGGUGCGCCACGUCAAGAUGCCUGGGACCUGCUGGUGGGACUGCACUCCAGCACCUCAACCCCCUCCACCCCUGCGCCCCCAGAACCCCCUGCUCCCCUCGAGCCCUUCUCCUGGGCUCUAGCCGGCAGAGUGAACACCGUUGUUACCACGACAGCAACAGCAACGCCAUUGGAGCAACGGGAGAAGAACAUUGACAUGGGACGAGAGUGGAGCCGAGAACCACGGGAGAGGAAAGUGGAUACUACUCGGGAGUUGAACCCAGAACCUCGGAAGAGGAAUCUAGAACCUCGGGAGAGGAACCUGGAACCUUGGGAGACAAACCUCCGGUCUCCCGACCGGAGCCGAGAGUCUCGGGAAAGGAACCUGGAACCUUGGGAACGGAACCUGGAACCCCAACUACUACAGCAGCCACAACAGCAGCAGCAACAGCUCUGUCACUACACAGAGGCAUCAAAGAACCCCCUGCAGCAGCAGCAGCAGCAGCAGCAGCAGCCCACCGUAAUAGACUUGGAGGAGAUGGAGUUUGAGGAGCAAACGCACUCACAGAUGCAGCGCUGCAGCAGCAGCAGCAGCAGCGGCAACUACCGGACAUACCGGCGGCCCAACAGCACCAAAGGCAAGGCCUCAUCAUUGGGUAUGGACUCUCUGGUGGUCAGCACCAAUGUCUGGUCGUCGGGUGGUGGUGGUGUCACCACAGGGUCACCAGAGGUGCAGGCAGAGGCCCACCAGAUGGUCCUCCUUGGGGGACGUGAUGGUGGGGGUGGGGCUGGGGGUGGUGGAGGGCGCCAACGGGACUUUACAGUGCUGCACCCGUCUUCAUUUUCGGUGAACAACGUCACCAUUCGGGACCAAAUCGACCUGGACAUGGACCGUGGCCUAACUUCCCGAGGAGGAGGAGGCGGAGGCGGGGUCGGUGGUUCCACAGCAACGUUGGUCACCUCGACGUUUGAUCCGGGCGAGUCCGGCCGCCUCAGGAGGGGUAGUGAGGCAACAACCACCAAACCUUCAAGGUCAGCUGCGUUCAAACCAAAAAGGCCUGACUCUCGGAAUCUCUUUGGGUUUGAUGAUGAGGACAUCGCUGGCGAUGACCCCAUCUCUGACGACUUUGGGGGCUCCAGUUACAAGAUUCAGUACUUCGGCUUCGAUGACAUGAGUGAGAGCGGAGAAGACGAUGAUGAUGAAGACCCGCUGGCUGCCCAGAGAAGACAAGAGAGGAAGAAGGCCAAGGCAGAAGCCAAGGCCAAGAGGUCGACGCAGCUCAACCUGACCUGGACACCGGCCAUGACUACAGUGUUGUCCACGCAGCCCCAUUCCAUGGCCAUGACCUUGCCAGCUGUGCCAUCGUCCGUCAUCCAGCCGGUGCCCAGAGGAGACGCGGUAGUGGCCAGCAGUCCCAGCAUCAGAACAUCAGGAUCUAUGGAACAGCGGUCAUGGAGCGCAACAGAGGCCAUGGAGCAGCGGCUGAUGAGCAGCAGAGGCUCCGCCCCAACCCCUCAGGAGCAGGAGCAGGAGCCGCGAGAGAGACGCAAGAUCUUUGGGCCCAAGAGGUCUCCAACAAAAGCUGUGUAUAAUGCCAGACACUGGAACCACCCGGAAAGCGAGGAGGUGCCGCCAGUAGUCCCGCCCUCACAAACGACACCAGUCAGUGAUGCAGGCAGCAGUAGUAGCAGCAACAACAACAGCAGCAGCAGUACCAGUAAAGACGCCUCCUCCAGCGCUGCAAAGGACGAUGGGGUCUUCAAAGCACCGCAACCUCCCCCCAAAGUCAUCAAAACAACAACCGUACCAACAGAGCCCUAUCAGGAUAUUGUCACAGCACUGAAGUGCAGGAAGGAGCACAAAGAGUUAUUCACAGUGGUUCAGCAUGUGAAACACUUCAACGACGUUGUAGAAUUUGGAGAGAAUCAGGAGUUCACUGACGACUUUGAGUACCUUGCCACUGGGCUGAAGAGCGGUCAGCCCAUGAACACACGCUGCCUCAGUGUCAUCACUCUUGCCUCAAGGUGUGCGACCCCGAGUUUCAGGAUGCACCUAAGAGCCAGAGGGAAAGUAGCACAGGUCUUCAAGACACUGAAUGACGCUCCCCAGCAUCCGAACCUGGCGCUGUGCACGGCGUCCCUCAUGUACAUCCUGAGUCGCGACCGUCUGAACAUGGACCUGGACCGGGCCUGUUUGGAGCUCAUGAUCCGACUGCUGGAACUGGAGCAGGACGGAGCCGCACGGGCCCAGCUCACCGCUAGAGAGAUGGCCAAGGUGAGGGAGAAGAUCCGCAAGCUCUGUGAGACCGUCCACAACAAGCACCUGGACCUGGAGAACAUCACGACAGGACACCUGGCCAUGGAGACCCUGCUGUCUCUGACAUCCAAGCGGGCCGGGGACUGGUUUAAAGAGGAGCUGAGGUUGCUGGGAGGUCUGGACCACAUUGUAGAUAAAGUGAAGGAGUGUGUGGAGAAUCUGGAGGAGGAGGAGGACAAGGAGAAGCUGGUGGACUCCCUCUGGGGCUCCGAGAGAUGCCUGCGCGUGCUAGAGAGUGUGACCGUACAUAACGCAGAAAACCAGUCCUACUUGAUCGCAUAUAAAGACUCUCAACUCAUCGUUUCUUCUGCAAAGGCCUUGCGUCACUGCGAGGAUCUCAUCCAGCGGUACAGCAGGGAGGUGAACUGUAUUGCAGGGACGCCGCUACCCUACUGCAGUAACAGCAACGUGGGCAAAGCAGUGGAGGACUGCAUGAGGGCCAUUAUUGGAGUCCUACUCAACCUUACACAUGACAAUGAGUGGGGCAGCACAAAGACUGGGGAACAGAAGGACCUCAUCAUCACUGCGCUCCACUGUGUGCUCAGAGUGCCCCAGUACCUGCCUCAGGAUAAGCGCUUUGACAUCAGAGUCCUGGGCCUGGGCCUGCUGAUUAACUUGGUGGAAUACAGUGCCAGGAACCGCCACUGUCUGGUGGAGAUGCAGAUGGAUGGCCACGCCCCCUUCACGUCCGUCUGCAUCGGAGAGCAGGAGGACCUCAGCUCUGAAGCGCCACCAAUCAGUGCCAUCGCUGCUUUAGUACAAUUGUUCCUACAGCGGGAACAGGCGGCGAUCCUGGCGGAGGCGCAAACGGAUGACAUCAUCACAGAGGCGCCCAAGCCCCAGCUGGACCAGAGCGGGGAGUGGCAGGAGAGCGAGGGAGAGAUCCAGUGGGUUGCUGCCGACAACGCCACCACCAACGACAACGACAAGGAGAAGGAAAAGAAGGAGGAGGAGGAAGAGGAGCUGGACCUCAACAAAGCUCUUCACCAUGCGGGGAAACACAUGGAGGACAGCAUCGUAGCCUCUUACACUGCACUGCUGCUGGGCUGCCUUUGUCAGGAGAGUCCAAUGAAUGUUACUACUGUGAGAGAGAACCUGCCCAGAGGGGACUUCUCCAUCAUGACCGAGAUGCUGAAGAAAUUCCUGAAUUUCAUGAACCUGACAUGUGACGGUGCCACUGCUGGACAGAAGUCUAUCUCGCGAGUGAUUGACUACCUGGAGCAUUGCUAGCUGCUGUGUGUGCAAGUGUGUGUGCUAGUGUGUGUGCGAGUGUGUGUGUGUGUGUGGACUCACCUCGGCCUGACUCAGCUCUGCUCCAGGGUCAAUGAAGACAAUGCUGCUGUUCCUCUGUUGUUGAACUUGCUCUAUCUCUCCCUCCCUCUCUCUCCCUCACUCAUCCCUCACUUGUCUCUCUCUUGUUCGCUCGUCCACCUUCAUGAAGCCAAGACUCCUUGUAUUGACCUCAGAAUGAAUGAAUGAAUGAAUGAUAUGCGAAAAAAUUUGCUUUUACUUUUCAUUUUUCGUUUUAUUACUUUUUUUUGUCAUGAAAGACCUUUCAUCUGGUCCCAUCCAUCCAUCCAUCCAUCCAUUCAUCUUACUGCUUUUGUCAGUCUCAUCUACAUAUAGAGGUGUCAAAAAUCUAGUUCAGGAGUUAAAAAGCCUGUCCACAAUAAACAAUAAUUAUUUUUCUACUCUCUGUCAUCAUCACUUGUUGUUCUGUGUUCAGAUCAGAGUAAUGUUAUGUUCGUUCUGAUAUGAUGAUGCAUCACCUCGUUUGUUCAGGAUCCGUUUUCUAUGCGUAAGAGCGUCCGUGUGUGUCUUACAUGCAACUCACCAGUGCACCUCUUGUAUCGUUAGUAAAAAAUAGGGAAAGUAACUUUUCCCCCCAGCCAAAAUCCUCAAGCUCUGAGCUAGCUAUUGCACAUCUGUAGCAGUAUCCCUGUCUGUCUGUGUCGGUGUGUAUCUCUCCGUUACACAUACACAAUCGUGCAUACUGUACUGUUAACACAGACACCAACCCACUCACUUAAAGACACCCAGGCACUUAUUUCUGUUUCACUGGAAAUUCAAACAAAAAUUCAACAUGUCGAUAUCUUCAGAAAGUGAUCCCACUCGUCUGUGUUUGCCCUCCUGUAGGCACAGGUGCCAAAAUCUGAUAAUUAAAAAAAAAUCGGAAAACCCACAGUUUUCCUCCAACACUCACUGUGAGUUUAACUGGUCUACCUGUCUUAAGUGUGUAACUUAUUUGAUCAGCUGAUUCAGAGCUGGUUGUAUCAAACUUGUGGCAGGGCUUUUUUUUUGUCAAAAACAGAAAAACACGCACAGCCGUCUCUAAAAGAUUGGGUGCAGGACUAGCAAAAAUACCAUGAAAACUGAAAGAAAAGUCUGCAACACCAAGCUCCCGUUUCUCUUAUUUAAUGUGACGUUUCAGGCAGCAUGCCCCUCAUCAGACAUGACAUGAGAAACGGGAGCUUGGUGUCACUGACUUUUCUUUCAGUUCUCAGGGCUUUUUUUAACUUCUGAAAGGGAUUGACACCUCUACUUGUAAUCUAUGGUGAAUUCAGAUCCUCCAUCUUACAACCUGACUAGAAUCAGUCUGAAAUUGCUGUGUAUUGAUUUUUUGUGUGCGUGCCGAGCGUGCGUGCACAUGUGUGUGUGCACGGGGGUACACCGUAGAAACUGUGUACUGAUUCAUAGUAAAUAUCCUAGUGUUAAUUCAAUACCAGAGUUAGAUUAACUAGAAGUGUUAAAUUUGACUCAGUGUUGAAUAAGCACUGCUAAUUGUACUGUGUACACAGAUGAGCAGAGAAAUCAUUUGUGCACCAUCUGUUUGGUCAAAGACUUGCCUGCAUGUUUCUGUUUGUUACAAUCCCCCCGCCCACACACACGCAUGCGCGCCCACACACACACACACACACACACACACACACACACACACACACACACACACACACACACACACACACACACACACACAGAUGGAGAGAGAGCACUGAAAGCUUUAACUUCACCCUCAUCAGUGUCUUUUAUUUCUUCCUUUUCUUUUGUUGUCAUUUUGCACCAUCAAUCCACCCAAACAUAAACCGUCAGAUGGAUCCCACCCUCUGUAUGGAUGUGGACUGCAUUGGGGUAUUUCAAGAACAUGGUUAACUGAUAACCCUGGCUAAGUUAACUUGCAGUGUAGUGUGUUAAACAUGCUAGUAGAUAUAGCCUGCAAGUGUCUUCUUUUUUUAUGAGGACUCAAGGCUCUUUUAUUAGCCAAUUUACUACGUACUUCCAGGUUAAAUUAACUUGGCUUGCUUCUGAUCCAUGUUCUUGAACUAUGUCAAAAGUGUGUGUGUGUGAGAGAGAGAGAGAGAGAGAUUCUGUCUUGUCAUUGUUUUUGCCAUUGUCCUUUUUUCUGUCAACUUGAUGUGAGCGUGUGGCCACGUGUGUGUGCGUCUGAGAGAGAAUGGGUGAGACUGUGCAUGUGCAUAAGAGAGUCUAAAAGUGAGGAGGGGAGGAGAUCAAUGUCCCUUAGUCUGUUGUCAAGCAUUUUUUUUUCUUUGCUCUUAUAAAAUAGUUUACAAAAAAAGGUUUUUGGAGACAAAACGGGACAUGAAUGGGAUGUACCAACCAGUGUAAAUAUAUAACGGCCAGUCGGCCAUGUAAAUAACAACUGCCCCCAAUUACAAUAGAAUCCAACCUUUUUUUGUUUUCCUUUCUUUUAUACAGCGUUUCUCACAUGUGUUCGUUCUUUGAAAAUGAGUUUUUAAAAGAUUAUAUCGGAAGCCAAACUGCUGGAUUGCCACCACGUUUUUACCAGUUUCCAAAUGUCUGGUUAUUAUACUUGUAAAUACCUUCUAAUUCAAAUAAAAGUUACUACUUUCAGUA